AUAAUUCAUGAAACAGGUACUCCAAAUCAUAUCUUCCUCCUUCGUCCUAACCCCAGGCUUUCGAUCUCCUUGAGGUCUUUGGCCUGUUAAUGUCUUCUUCUUCAUCUUUUGCGGCUUUAAGGAAAUUGCACUUGUUCGCUCGACCGCCCCAACUCACCAAGCUUGCUCUCCAUCCCCCGAAAGCCGUUGAGGUUGAAUUCUCUGAUGGGAGUUCAUUCAAUUUGUCGGCAGAGUUUCUAAGGGUACAUAGCCCUGCAGUUGAUGGCAAGGUUAGGUCGAUUGGUGGCGAGAAGGUAAUCUUUGGCAGGCGUCAUGGGAACAAAUCUGAUGAACCAAUAGGAAACUACGGAAUAAGAAUUUUUUUUGAUGACUUGCAUAAGACUGGAAUCUACACUUGGGACUACUUCUAUCAUUUGGGUUCCAACAAGUUUGCCCUCAUGAGAAGCUACAUCAAAACUUUGAAGCGGCAUGGCCUUAGCCGUGAUCCGCAAAGGAGAAAAUGAUCUCCAAAGCUAGCUGCCCAAUCCAUAGAUGUAUUUCAAAUCGCUUUAGUUACAUCAAAGUUGUAGGCUUGGUGCACAGUAAUGCUAAAUUUGAAUGAUUCAAAAUGUUUCAGGACCAGAGAAGUUUGGCUUCUCCAUACAACCCACUGACGAGGGAGUUAUAAAACUUUCCAGUGAUUUUGUUAUUUUUUAAAUAUUGAGAAAUUUACAUACAUUUCACACAAUUCUUAUGUAUUUACA